AGAACUCUGCGAUGGGCUGGCAGGAGUCCAUUGGGCUGGGCAGGCAGGUUCGGCUGGUGAUGUCGGGGAAGAGGAGGAGGAGGCUGCUGGCGGUGAUGAUGGUGCCCGUCCUCCUCUUCGCAGGUCUGUGACGAGCCGGGAACUAGACUACGAGCGCGCAGCCCGGCCCCAGCUGACGGACGCUGGCGACUCAGACAUGGACAGUAGCUGCCACAACGCGACCGCCAAAAUGCUAGCGACUGCUCCAACCCGGGGCAACGUGAUGAGCACGUCCAAACCCUUGGCUUUCUCCAUCGAACGAAUCAUGGCGCGCACCCCCGAACCCAAGGCCCUGCCGGUCCCCCACUUCCUGCAGGGAACCGUGCCCAAGGGGGACCCCAAGCACUCUCUGCAGCUCAACCCGUCGAUCCCUUGCAUGAUUCCUUUCGUUCCGGUGGCGUACGACACCAGCUCCAAGGCCGGGGUGACGGGCUCCGAGCCGCGCAAAGCGAGUCUGGAGGCCCCGGCGGCGCCGCCGGCGGCGCCCUCGGCGCCCGCGUUCAGCUGCAGCGAUUUGCUCAACUGCGCGCUGAGCCUCAAGGGCGACCUGGCCCGCGAUGCGCUGCCCCUGCAGCAGUACAAACUGGUAAGGCCGCGUGUGGUCAACCACUCUUCUUUCCACGCCAUGGGAGCCCUGUGCUACCUGAACCGAGGCGACGCCCCCUGCCACCCGGCUGCCGGCGUGAACAUCCACCCGGUGGCCUCCUACUUUCUCAGUUCCCCUUUACACCCACAGCCAAAAACGUAUUUAGCCGAAAGGAAUAAACUGGUAGUCCCGUCUGUGGAGAAGUACCCCUCCGGAGUAGCUUUCAAAGACCUCUCCCAGGCUCAGCUCCAGCAGUACAUGAAAGAGAGCGCCCAGCUUUUGUCGGAAAAAAUCGCGUUCAAAACCUCGGAUUUUAGCCGGGGAUCACCUAAUACCAAGCCCAAAGUUUUUACUUGCGAAGUAUGUGGAAAAGUCUUUAAUGCGCACUAUAACUUAACCCGUCACAUGCCGGUGCACACAGGAGCCAGACCCUUCGUGUGCAAAGUGUGUGGAAAGGGUUUUCGGCAAGCCAGCACCCUGUGCAGGCACAAGAUCAUUCACACGCAGGAAAAACCUCACAAAUGCAAUCAGUGUGGCAAAGCAUUUAAUAGAAGUUCCACUUUAAACACACAUACCCGAAUACACGCAGGCUACAAACCAUUUGUGUGUGAAUUCUGUGGUAAAGGAUUUCAUCAAAAAGGGAAUUACAAAAACCACAAGUUGACACACAGCGGGGAGAAGCAGUUCAAGUGCAAUAUCUGCAACAAGGCUUUCCAUCAGGUUUACAACCUCACCUUCCACAUGCACACUCACAACGACAAGAAGCCUUUCACCUGCCCCACCUGCGGCAAGGGCUUCUGCAGGAACUUUGACCUCAAGAAGCACGUCAGAAAGCUACACGACAGCAGCCUGGGGCUGGCCCGUCCACCCACAGGGGAGCCAGGCAGCGACCCCACGCCCUCACUCCAACAGCCUCCGACUGCAACUCUGCCGCCCCUGCAGCCUCCUCCCGGGCCCCUGCAACCCGGGCUCCACCAGGGCCACCAGUGAUCAUGAACCAAGCCAAGGUUCCUUCCAACUCCAGCCGAAGGCUCCAUCUCGGAGGCAGCAGCAGACUAGAGAUGCUCUUUCUGGUCCAAGCUGGUCUGCAGACCCCAGGGCAAGUUGGGCUCCACACUGGAGAGUGGACCAGAAGCCUCUGUAUUUCUUGUUCAUUUACCUCUUGCAUGCAACCUGCUACAUGGUUUUGUGUAUUAUAUUCUAUAUAGGCACUAAGUAACAAUUAUAAAAAAUUUGGAGGGUUUUGUUUCCUGUUUUAUUUUUCUUCCAAAAUUAGAAAGACUUUUUUUCAUCUCGGGUGGAGAGAUGGUGUUUAUUUUAUUUGAAAAGGAAUUUCUGCUUGUAUUUAUUGACUUGUAUUAUUUUAUCCGGGAAUGUUGCACCAUUUUAAUUUUAUUAUUGUAUAUAUUUCCACUGUGUCGAUUCUGCUGCCUGCUGAUGGUUUAUCAUUUCCUCUUUCCUCAAAGUAACAAAACACUGUGUGUAUGUUUAUAUAUAUAUAUAUACACACACACAAGCACAUUCAUAGAUGUGUGUUUCUCUAAAAGCACAUUGCGUAUUCAUGAAUACACAUUCACACAUACACACAAUAGAUAAGGGUGGUUCAUUAUGAAUGAAUUAUUUUGAUUCUUGCACGUGGAAGUUGAUUCAUUGACUGUUGGAAAUAAAUACUUGGAACAUGCUUAUUUAAUC